GCCUUUGAUUGUUUUUGGCAAUCAACAAUCUUGAUAUUAUAACUACUGAAUGCCAUAUAUUACUCACAGACCCUCCUCUCAAUCCCUCAAAGAACCGUGAAAAUGUGGUCUGUUUUUGCGAUAUCAAUAGUAGGCAGUAGCUAGCUUAGUUUGGUAAAUUUAUGUGUACAUUCAGUACAUGCAGUUGUUGGCCUCUAAUGAUUUUGGCUUGAUUCAUUGUUUUAGAUCGAGACCAUGUUUGAGAAAUACAAUUUUGUUGGUGUCUUCAUUCAAAAUUCAAGCUGUUUUAACGUGCGGUGGAAAGAAUAUCACGUCACCUCUGCCCAAGCAACUCAUGAGUCCUGAGGAGUUGGAAGCUGUGGAGAAAAAGACUGAAAACAGGUGUUUUGAGCAUGCUUUGACAGACUUUAUGGAAAUUAAUUCUGCCUCUAAUAAAGCAAACUUCAUCAAGUUUUAUACUUGGUUCAUUGUGGUGAAAAUUAGAUUCAUUUGUGGUCAGAGUUUCCCGCUUAGAGCUACAUUGACCAGGUUCGUCUAUGAAGAUGGUUGGUAUUAUGCAGUAUGCCCCACAUGCUUCAAGCAAAUGAGGCUAUCAUGCCUCAUGCCCCUCAUACUCAAGCAAAUGAGGAGAAAGCCACAAAGUGAGCUGCUGACAUGCCCAGAACAUAAUUGUUUCAUUACACAAAGCAAAAAUUCAAAAUUCCUAACUUAUAUUUUCAGACAUUACAUAGAACUGCGCAUAAUUGUUUCAUUACUUUGCUUCUGUUACUAG